AUGCCUCAGAACAAAGCCAUCGGCGUUCACUAUGACCAGAAAUUCCUCCGCCACGGCGAAGACACAAUCAUCACAGCCUGGGUCCCGAUUGGCGACAUCAAAAUCGACGGCGGAGGCUUGAUCUACUUCGGAAAGGGCUGCGACAUAGCAGAACAGUUUGAAAAGGACUUCAUGGAUCGCGCUAAGGCAGCCGGGUCGUACCUUUCACUGGAAAUUUGA